UCCCGCCGGGGAACCAGAUGAGGCACAUCUGGACAGCUGCGCUGAGGAACUGUGCGGCCCCUUCGCGGGCCCGACGUCAGCUGAGCACGUCUCCCACGUCCUCUCCUUUCAGCCACUUAUUUAUUCACUUUUCCAAAGAAGCAACCAGGAAUCCAAGUUUAAAACUUUUUUCGCCCUAAUGCGAGACGGGGCCAGAUCCCAUCCAACACACAGUUUAACUUUCAUGGGGCUCUGGGAUCAAAAGGACAGAAACAGCAACAGCAAAAGCCCAGCCGCUGUCUGAUUUAAAACUGGCAAAGUGGGAAAAAUAGCGUUGAGUAAGACCGAGUUGUCAUGGGGAAUUUCAAAGGCCAUGCUCUCCCUGGAACCUUCUUCUUUAUCUUGGGGAUUUGGUGGACAACAAAGUGCAUUCUGAAAUAUGCCUUCAAAAAGCACAAGCGGAUUUCCUACCUUGAUUCCAAAGUAUUAUUCCAUCGAGUAGAAAUUUUGGAGGGAAUCAUAAUAACUGGAAUGGCUUUAACUGGCAUGCUUGGAGAACAGUUUAUUCCUGGAGGACCGCACCUGACCUUAUAUGACUACAAAGAGGGCCAGUGGGUCCAGCUCCUGAGCUGGCAUCAUUUUACCAUGUACUUCUUCUUUGGGCUGCUGGGUGUGACAAACAUCUUAUGUUCCACCAUCAGGUCACUUCCUGCCUCCUUUACCAAGUUAAUGUUAGCAAAUGCCUUAUUUGUGGAGGGUUUUGUCUUCUACAAUCACACUCAUGGUCGGGAAAUGCUGGACAUCUUUGUGCACAAGCUUCUGGUCUUGGUCAUCUUUUUGACAGGCCUGAUUGCCUUCUUGGAGCUCUUCAUACUGACCAAUAUAACUGUGGAACUUCUGCGGAUAAGCUUUUUCCUACUUCAGGGAAGCUGGUUCUGGCAGAUUGGGUUUGUCCUUUAUCCCCCCAGUGGAGGUCCUGCAUGGGAUUUAGUGGAUCAUGACAACGUUAUGUUUCUCACCAUAUGCUUUUGUUGGCAUUAUGCAAUAGCCAUUAUCAUCAUUGGAGCAAUUUAUGCCUUUGUCACCUGAUUCUCUUAAUCUAUGAAAACAGUUACAAGAAUGGAGGUCACUUCUUUCAACUUCUUAAUUCAUCAUGGACCAUCACAUGCAGCUGAGCAGCCUGUGGCCAGCACAAAAGCACCCCUCUGAAGACAUGAAUAAAGGCUGCAGUACAGCCCAGACUUGCCAUGGGGCUCAACAUGGGGCAGGAAAUGCCUUCAUGCACUUCUUUCAUAGGAGAGGGCUCCUUUUUGGACCACACAGCUGAGCUCGGUUUCAUCUGGGAUUACUACAGCCCAGAGAUUCUCUUGUUUGUUUUAGAAAUGAUUAACGUUAUAAAUUUUGAAUAUGAUGCAAACAAUCAUAUAACACAUUUACGAGCUUUAUUGUAUCUGUUUGCUUAGAUGCUGCUUUAAUCUACAAAAUAUUUGCAGGUAGCUCCGAAGCCAAAUAAAAGUGAUUUUCUUUCUGGGGGUGCCUCUUCCAUCUGCACAGAUAAUUUGGAGUUUGCUGUAUUAUAGAUACAUAUAGUUUUGGGUUUUAAUUUUAAACAGCAUAAUACGAGAUGAC